UUAAGCUCGACUCGAGUAAUUGGCAGUCUCCGCCGGCGACUGAGAGCAGACCGGAACCUACUGAAAUGGCCGCUGUCAGGCUGCUAAUGGCGAGGGCAGCGUCGCUGGGUAACCUCUACCUCCACCGCCGCCUCCACGAUCCUUCGCCGAAGUUCCACUUCCUCAAGAGUCUGCACUCUCUCAUUUCCCCCGAGUUCAACUCUCAGUCUCCUCUCCCGGGCAACUCCCGGAGCUUCGCUUCUUCUCCGGACUACACCGUCGAUGAAGCUGCUGCUGCUGCCUCUCCCGUCAGUCUCGAUAGCCGCGUGCCUGCCACUGUUAUCACCGGCUUUCUCGGCUCCGGAAAGACUACUCUGUUGAAUCACAUCCUGACUUCUCAGCACGGGAAGAGGAUAGCUGUCAUAGAAAAUGAGUUUGGUGAGGUCGAUAUCGAUGGUUCAUUGGUUGCAAGUCACUCUAAGGCGUCUGAAGAAAUCAUCAUGGUCAAUAAUGGGUGCCUAUGCUGCACUGUUAGAGGAGACCUCGUUAAGAUGUUGCUGGAGUUGGUUAAGAAGAAGCGUGACAAGGUCGAUCAUAUCGUGAUUGAAACCACAGGCCUUGCUAAGCCAGGUCCUGUUAUCGAAACAUUUUGUAGCGAUGAGCUGGUUUCAAGGUCUGUCAAACUGGACGGGGUUGUUACCUUGGUUGAUUCCAAACAUGCUAUGCAGCACCUGAACGAAGUCAAACCAAGAUUUGUGGUGAAUGAGGCAGUUGAGCAGAUUGCCUACGCUGAUCGUAUCAUAAUAAACAAGAUUGAUUUGGUGAGUGAAGCUGAGCUGGAGAUAUUGACCAAAAGAAUCAAGCACAUCAAUGGGAUGGCACUGAUUAAACAAGCCAAGUAUGGUUCUGUUGACAUGGAUUUUGUUUUGGGAGUUGGUGGUUAUGAUCUGGACAGAAUUGAUUCUGAAGUUGAAGGAGAUAAUUCAUCUUGUGCUACCCAUCAGCAUAGCCCUGGCCAUGAACACAAAGGGCACCACCAUGAUCAUGUGCAUGAUUCUGCUGUCUCUAGUGUCAGCAUUGUCUCUGAAGGGAUGCUCGAUCUCGAUGAGGUUGAUGAUUGGCUUGAAAGAGUGAUCGACGAGAAAGGGGAGGACUUAUACAGAAUGAAAGGCGUCUUGUCGGUGACGGGUUACGAGCAACGUUAUGUUUUUCAGGGCGUGCACUCCAUUCUCGACAGAUGUCCUGGAAAAGCAUGGGGACCUGAUGAGAAGAGGAUAAAUAAGCUUGUAUUCAUAGGGAAGAACUUGGAUGAAACUGCAUUGAAGAAAGGAUUCAAGGGCUGUUUAGUAUAAUUUGGAGGUGUCGUGGCCUGCCAGUGCCAGUGUCUGAAGGAAUGGAUUUGAUGACUUGCAAGCCAGAGUAGUUGACUGGUUUAUGCACGAACCUUUCGAGAUUGAAUGUAAUAAUAGGUCUAUGGUUUAUACAGAAGCUACGAAUUUUGUGCACCUACUGUCAGGUCAGAAAAUCGCCCCAUUUGCUGCUUUAAAGACCUCGAAACAAAUUUGUACAACUGUAUGUAACAGCCACUGCGUACACAACUUCUAACAUUUGGUUUUUUCCAACUAAUCUCCUUUUUUUUAUG